AUGAAAAUGGGCAAGUCAAUAGAUGAAGGCUCGGCCACUCAGGUUGAAGAUUCGCCUGAGGGCAGCCGAAAUCACAGUCGAGGUGAAGACCAUCAAGCCCAAUUCGGUCCUGGUGAUGAAGAACGAGUGAUUGAGCUUGCCAGAAGGCUCAGCCGGACUAUGUCCCAUGCCGACGGUCAUGGUCUCACCAAAACAGAAACUCGCUACAGUCAAUUCGAAGGCGAGAAUCCAUUUACUGGCUCCGAAAACCCAAGACUUCAACCUGGACACGAAAAGUUCAACCCUAAAGCAUGGCUUAAGUCUAUCAUCAGCUUGACAGCCAAGGAUCCGGAAAAGUAUCCUUCGUUGAGACUUGGUGUCUCUUUCAGAAACCUUAAUGCGCACGGCUUUGGCUCUGCCACAGACUACCAAAAGAAUGUUGGGAACAUCGGUUACAGUUAUCUGGAGAGCGCCGUUACGCUCGGACGCAAGCGCAAGAUUCAAAUUUUGAGAGACUUUGAAGGUCUUGUUAAGAGUUCCGAGCUUUGUGUCGUAUUGGGUCGACCAGGCAGUGGUUGCUCCACGUUCCUAAAGACCAUUGCUGGUGAUACCUACGGCUACUACCUUUCCGAUGAUACCGUUAUCAACUACCAGGGUAUUCCUAUGGACAAGAUGCACAAGGUUUUCAGAGGAGAGGUUAUCUACCAGGCCGAGACUGACGUUCACUUCCCCCAGCUUACAGUCGGCCAAACCCUGAAGUUUGCCGCUCUCGCUCGUGCCCCCAGCAACAGAAUGGGUGGUAUUACCCGCGAUGAGUAUGCUGAGCAUGUCAAGGAUGUUGUCAUGGCUGCCUUUGGUCUUUCGCACACUGAAGACACAAAUGUCGGUAACGACUUUAUCCGAGGUGUCUCUGGUGGUGAGAGAAAGCGUGUCUCCAUUGCCGAAGUCGCUGUUAGUGGUGCACCUAUCCAGUGUUGGGACAACUCUACUAGAGGCCUGGACUCUGCCAAUGCCCUUGAAUUCAUUCGAACUCUUCGUUUGAGUGCCGAGCUCACUGGUAGCACGGCUCUUGUCGCCAUCUAUCAGGCUUCGCAGAGUGCUUAUGACCAGUUUCACAAAGCCAUUGUUUUAUACGAAGGUCGUCAAAUCUAUUUCGGUCCUACUGGUGAAGCCCAGAAGUUCUUCGAAGAUAUGGGUUUCGAAUGCGAGGAACGUGCUACUACUGCAGAUUUCUUGACCUCCCUCACAAACCCGGCUGAGCGUCGUAUCAAACCGGGCUUUGAGGACAGGGUACCUCGAACUCCUGAUGAGUUCGCUCAGCGUUGGAAGGAAAGCGAUGCCCGUAAGAGGCUUUUGGAUGAAAUUGCUGCUUUCGAAGCCGAGAACCCCAUCGGUCACGACAAUGUCGAAAAAUUCAAGGAAGUCCGCAAAGUUGUUCAGUCUUCUGGUGCUUCCUCAAACGGUCCAUAUACGAUCAGCUACCCAAUGCAAGUUAGACUUUGCAUGACCAGAGGUUUCCAAAGACUAAAGGGUGACCUUUCUCUUACCCUGACUGGUAUCAUCGGAAAUGGUGUUAUGGCUUUGAUUGUCUCCUCCGUCUUUUACAAUCUAAAGAUUGAUACUGGCUCAUUCUUCGCUCGUGGCUCUCUUCUCUUCUUUGCGGUCCUUCUCAACGGUUUCUCCAGCGCCUUAGAAAUCUUAACUCUAUACGCUCAACGACCAAUCGUUGAAAAACAGGACAAAUAUGCACUCUACCGCCCAAGCGCUGAAGCCGUCUCCUCCAUGAUCGUCGAUAUGCCUCAAAAGAUCACGUCUGCAAUUGUCUUCAACUUGAUUCUUUAUUUUAUGACCAAUCUUCGAAGAGAACCUGGUGCCUUCUUUAUCUUCUUGUUGUUUUCGUUCUCAACCACUAUGGCCAUGUCUAUGAUUUUCAGAACAAUCGCCUCCGUCAGUCGAACGCUCCAUCAAGCUAUGACGCCCGCUGCUAUUUUCAUUUUAGGUUUAAUCAUGUACACUGGAUUUGCCAUUCCCGUCGUUGAAAUGCGAGGAUGGGCUCGAUGGAUUGGUUAUGUUAACCCUAUCUCUUACUCUUUCGAGAGUUUGAUGGUCAACGAAUUUAGUGGAAGAGACUUCCCCUGUGCAGCUUAUAUCCCCAGUGGACCUGGUUACGAAAAUGCAACUGGGAACUCUCGUGUUUGUUCUGCCACAUCUGCUGUGGCCGGCCAAGAAGUUGUCAGCGGCGACCAAUACAUCAAUGUCUCCUUCCAAUACUUCAAGUCACACUUGUGGCGUAACUUGGGUAUCAUCUGGGCAUAUGUUUUCUUUUUCUGUGCAGUCUACAUCAUCGCCUCUGACAAGAUCACUGCAGCCAAAUCCAAGGGCGAAGUUUUGGUCUUCAAGAAAGGAAGCCUUCCAGUUUCUGCUAAAAAGAGCGGGGAUGAUGUUGAGGGUAACGAACCAAAGGAAGCGGCUAGAGAGCAGGAGCUCGGAGCCGUGAUGACGCGGGAAAUCUCAGUUGCAGCCAUCCAGAAGCAAACUUCUAUCUUCCACUGGAAAAACGUUGUCUAUGAUAUCCCUGUCAAGGGUGGUGAGCGAAGAUUGCUAGAUCAUGUUUGCGGAUGGGUCAAGCCUGGUACUCUUACUGCACUUAUGGGUGUCUCUGGUGCUGGUAAAACAACUCUUCUCGACGUUUUAGCCUCCCGCAAGACUACUGGUGUCAUUACUGGUGACAUGUUCGUGAACGGCCAAAAACGAGACGGUUCCUUCCAGCGCAAGACCGGAUAUGUCCAGCAACAGGAUCUUCACUUGGAAACUUCUACUGUUAGAGAAGCCUUGGAAUUUUCAGCCCUACUCAGACAGCCACAAGAACUCAGCCGAAAGGAAAAACUUGAUUAUGUCGAAGAAGUUAUCCAAAUUCUCGAGAUGGAAGAAUUCGUUGAUGCUGUCGUCGGUGUUCCUGGAACUGGUCUCAAUGUCGAACAACGAAAGCGAUUGACAAUCGGUGUUGAAUUGGCUGCCCGACCAGAAUUGCUUCUCUUUUUGGACGAACCUACUUCCGGUCUUGACUCCCAAACUGCCUGGUCUAUCUGUACCCUGUUGAGGAAACUCGCGAGAAACGGCCAGGCUAUUCUUUGCACUAUCCAUCAGCCGUCGGCUGUUCUUUUCCAAGAAUUCGAUCGACUCCUGUUUUUAGCAGCAGGUGGAAGGCAAAUUUACUUUGGUGAAAUUGGCAACAACUCUGAGACUUUGAUCAACUACUUCGAAAGCAAUGGCGGUUUCCCCUGUCCAUCAGAUGCGAACCCGGCUGAGUGGAUGUUGGAAGUCAUUGGUGCCGCCCCCGGAUCCCACUCUGAGGUUGACUGGCCAAGAGCCUGGCGCGAGUCCUCCGAAUUCAAGGGGGUUCUUGAAGAACUUGAUCGCAUGGAAAAGGAACUUCCUCAUGAAAUUGUCCAAGGCCCAAUGUCUAACCUCGCAAGCAGCAAGGAUGACUUCGCCGUUUCCUUCCAGACUCAGCUCUACUAUGUCUUCAUUCGUGUUUGGCAACAAUACUGGAGAACGCCUUCGUACAUCUACGCUAAAUUGAUUCUUUGUCUUUUGUCUGCGUUGUUUGUUGGAUUCUCCUUCUUUAAUGCUGGAACUAGUCUUGCUGGAUUGCAAGGACAGAUGUUCUCGAUUUUCUUGAUUCUCACCACUUUCAGUCAGUUGGUUCAACAGCUUAUGCCUCACUUCGUUACACAGCGAGCUCUGUAUGAGGCCCGUGAGCGUCCUUCUCGUACCUAUAAGUGGACUGCUUUCAUGGUCUCUAAUCUUUUGGUCGAGCUUCCAUGGCAAACCCUCGCCGCUGUUUUGGUCUUCUUCUCGUUCUACUUCCCAACCGGCAUGUACAAGAACGCAAUUGUAACUGGUGCUGAAGUUGAGCGUGGUGGUCUCUUCUUCCUCUACUGCCUUUCGUUUUAUCUCUUCACUUCUACCUUUGGUACCAUGGUUAUCGCCGGUGUUGAACUCGCAGAAACCGGAGGAAACAUUGGAAACUUGAUGUUCUCCAUCUGCCUCAUUUUCUGCGGUGUCAUCGCUCAACCACAAUCCCUUCCUGUCAUCUGGAGAUACACUCUCUACUAUAUUUCUCCAUUCACUUACUUCGUCGGUGGAAUUCUUGCCACUGGUCUUGCUAAUACCGAUAUCGUCUGCAAUGCCAGAGAGCUUGUCCGUGUCAAUGCCCCUGAGGGUAUGUCAUGUGGCUCUUACCUUGGGGCGUUCGAGAAGAUCGCUGGUGUCGCAGUUAUCAACAAAUCCUCCACUGAAAUAUGCGAGAUCUGCCCUUCUGCUAGCACCAAUGCUUUCUUGUCCGGUCUGGGCGUUCAAUACUCUCAAAGAUGGAGGAAUUGGGUCAUUUUCUCUAUUUACAUCAUUUUCAAUUUGUUCGCUGCCGUCGGCAUGUAUUACCUUGCAAGAGUUCCAAAGGAAAAAGACUUGAAGGUUGCUAGGGAGGCGGACAAGAACAAGAAGGUGCAACAAGUUGGUGUUAACGCACCUGAGGAGAAGGUUUAA